CAGGGGAAGGCCCUUGUUCUCGCUGGAGAAUGGAACUUCCGCUUUGGACUGAGAACAGGAGGCUCCCAGCUGCCUGUCCCACUGCUGCCCAGCCCAGCGGCAUCAGAGGACGCCAGGUUCCCAGGAAGCAGCUGAGCAGGGCCAUGAUGAAGACCCCGCGGGGCAGCGUCCCAGUGCUGCUGCCGCUGGUGCUCCUGAGUCUGCUGCACGUCUCCCGGGCCCAGAGUGGCUGCAUUGGGCACCCGGCCAUCCCUGGCAUCCCGGGCAUCCCCGGGGCACCGGGCUCCGACGGCAAACCAGGGACUCCAGGGAUAAAGGGAGAGAAAGGGCUGCCGGGGCUAGCUGGAGACCACGGUGAGCUUGGAGAGAAGGGGGACCCAGGGUUUCCUGGGAUUCCAGGAAAAGUCGGCCCCAAGGGCCCCGUUGGCCCCAAAGGUGCCCCAGGGCCUCCCGGAGCCCAGGGCCCCAAGGGCGACUCAGGAGACUACAAGGCCACGCAGAAAAUCGCCUUCUCAGCCACACGCACCAUCAACAGCCCCCUGAGGCGGGACCAGGUCAUCCGCUUCGACCACGUGAUCACCAACACCAACAACAACUACGAGUAUCGAAACGGCAAGUUCACGUGCAGGGUGCCUGGCCUCUACUACUUCACCUACCAUGCCAGCUCUCGAGGGAACCUGUGCGUAAACCUCAUGCGGGGCCGGGAGGAGACACAGAAGGUGCUCACCUUCUGCGACUAUGUCCACAACACCUUCCAGGUCACCAUGGGCAGCGUCGUGCUCAAGCUGGGGCUGGGGGAGACCGUCUUCCUGCAGGCCACCGACAAGAACGCCCUGGUAGGCAUCGAUGGGGCCAACAGCAUUUUCACCGGGUUCCUGCUCUUCCCAGAUGCAGAGGUGUGACCUGUGGGUCCAAUUUACCCCCUCCCCUGCCAGCCACGCUCUCUUUACCCCCAACACCAGCCCCCACCUGGCCAAAACACACAGUAGGGCUCCACGGAUAUUGCUGAAUGAAUGAGUAAAUAAACUUUUCAAGG